CGAAGUGAGUAGCAGAUGUUUUCGCUGCGAAAAUCGUUUUGAAUCGCAGUAUUUUGUCGCAAAUAUUGAGCAGCCUUACCACCGUUUGCGUGUAAUAGAGUUCUAUUUUAGCCAUUGACGUGCUAAUUUUUAGGUUUCUAGCAGUGCGAAGAUUUUUAGACAUUUUCAAGCAGGCACCAUCAUACGGCCUUAAAAAGACCACAUGGCUAAGCUCAACCGCUUGGUGUCCUCUUCGCGGAGGAAGAAUAGGAAAAGGCACUUCAAUGCCCCAUCACACAUUCGGCGAAAGAUAAUGAGCUCCCCGCUGUCGAAGGAUCUUCGGCAAAAGUACAAUGUCCGCAGCAUGCCCAUCAGGAAGGACGACGAAGUUCAGGUGGUACGUGGCCACCAUAAGAGCCAGCAGGUUGGCAAGGUGGUGCAGGUGUACCGCAAGAAGUACGUGAUCUACAUCGAGCGGAUACAGCGAGAGAAGGCCAAUGGUGCUUCUGUCUACGUCGGCAUUCACCCCUCUAAGGUGGUCAUUGUCAAGCUGAAAUUGGACAAGGACCGCAAGAAGAUCCUUGCGAGGCGCGCACGUGGCCGGCAGCUCAAGGACAAGGGAAAGGGAAAGCACACUGAGGAAAGUGUUGCCAUGGAGACGUAACUUGAAAAAAGACACCUAUCAUCUGGCUGAGUUUAAUAAAGGGCUUUGCUUGCCGUGA